AUGGCUGAGGUUCUCGAGAUUGAGAGUUGUCUGCAGGCGGACAUUCGAGUCGCGCGGCAAUUGUCUCAUGUAAAUGAAAAGACGCCGAGCUCGGAUGGAGCGAACGAACCAAGCAAUCAAGUUGAAGAUCUACCUCGUGUUGCAGAUAGAAUUCCCGUCUCAGCAUGGCUUGUCAUACUGAUUAGUACAUUCGAGCGCUUCGCUUUCUUUGGAAUUCGUGAACCAUUUCGUGAGUGCAGGAGAUAUGUGAUCUUCAAAUUCAAGGCCAUUGACCUCGGGGCAGAAAAUUAUCUUCAGAAUCAGCGAGACGAUCCUUUACGACCAGGCGCGCUUGGCUUAGGCCAGAGCAAGGCUAGCAAUCUAUCGUACAUGUUUUCGUUCUUGCUAUACACCAUGCCGUUAUUCGCUAGCGUCAUUAUUGAUUGCUUCCUUGGGCGCAUCUACGUAAGUGGAGCGUUCAUCUUGACCAUGACGUCCCUGCCAUUAUCAUUGGACGCAGGCGCAGGUCUGCCAGGGUUCUUGGUCGGCAUCAUUCUUAUGAGUAUUGGCCUAGGAGGUGUUAAGUCGGGCGUCUCACCUUUGAUGGCUGAUCAGUACACCAAUUGGGAGGAAAAGAUCGUCAUCAAGCAGAAUGGCAAGCGUGUCAUGAUUGAUCGUGACCUCACUAUGGAUAAAAUGUAUCAUGCAUACUACUGGGCAGUAAAUAUCGGAGCAUUAUCUGCACUUGCCACAACUUACAUUGAGAAAGAUGUUGGUUUUUGGGCGGCAUACCUGCUUCCCUUUUGUGCUCUUUGCAUAUCGUUGCUGACGCUGGUUUUGUGUCGAAAUAAGAUUGUCAAGCGACAACCCGGUGGGAAUAUCUUACCCACAGCUUUUCGAAUCAUGUUGUGUGCGGCGAAGAACGGUUUCAACAUGGACGCUGCACGGCGGCAAAGUCAAGCGCAUGCAGCCGACUGGGAUGAAAAGUUUGUGACAGACUUGCAGCGCGGCCUCAUAGCAUGUCGUAUCUUUGCAUUUUACCCUAUCCUGUGGGUCUGUCAUCUACAGAUAAACAAUAACCUCGUCUCUCAAGCAGCCCAGAUGGAAACCCACGGUCUCCCAAACGACUUUUUCCCAACAUUAAAUCCAAUUGCAGUGCUCAUACUGCUACCGCUGGUCACCAACGUGCUCUAUCCGACUUUUCGCAAGCUGCACAUCAAGUUUCCGCCGGUCAACCGUAUGGCAGUUGGCUUUCUUAUAGAAGCCAUCGCGAUCGCCUAUUGCACGGGUAUCCAGCAGCUCAUUUAUACGAGAGGACCCUGCUUUGCACAUGCUUUAGAGUGUCCUGCGUCAGAUGGGGGCAGAAUUCCGAACCAAGUCAGCGUUUGGCUUCAAGUACCGGUCUACGUCUUGGACGGUUUAGCAGAAGUAUUCUUCGAUGUUGUGAGCCAAGAAUAUGCGUACAACAAAGCCCCGGAUAACAUGAAAUCAAUUGUUCAGGCCGUAUUAUCCUCCAUGUCAGGUGUUGGUGCCAUCCUGGGCUUUGCCCUGUACCCAGUUGCACGUAAUCCUAAUCUUGUCUGGAUGUACGCCGCUCUCUCAACCGCCAUCGGCCUUGCAACGGUCGUGUUUUGGCUACUCUUUAAAAAAUACAAUGCAGAAGACGCGGAGCUUAACAAGCGGGAUUUCAGCAAUCACGGAGGCGGCUCGGUAAUAACGGACGAAAGCACGAAUUUGAGGGUUUGA